CGUUUCGAACAUUCGCCUUGUUGGAGUGUUGCCGCAAUUGCGCAUUGAUCGCGCGUAACUCGGGGCUUGAUAAGAAUACCAGGCAACCACUAAACGUUCGACACUUAUAUGGCACAAACACGAGCUCAAGCAGGACCUGAGCGAGGAUGGGGCGAGAUGCGGGAUGAAAUUGUUGCACGCCCCAAGGACCCGAGCGUCUUAGCUGGGGUACCUCUCCGCGAUCCCUCAGCAUCUUUGUACAACCCACUCCCUACUGAGGAACAUAUCAGAGUCUUGAUAAUCCAGCCAGCUUUGGGACUAGAAGAUCCGAUCAAGUGUGACCUCACAGUUGUUCUUCGUACGCCAAGAGCCCGGUACAAAGCCCUGUCCUACAGCUGGGCAAUGGGAAAUGGCGACUGUUCUCUCAGUCGUGUCAUUUCUGUCCAUAACUCAGACGUCGCGAUCACGCAGAAUCUCUUCGAGGGGCUGAUACGCAUUCGGAGAAAGCGCGGCGUUGUUCGCAUCUGGGUCGAUGCCCUUUGCAUUGAUCAAAAUGAUAUUCAAGAAAAAGGUUCGCAGGUGGCGCAGAUGUAUCAGAUCUAUCAAAAUGCAGAGGAGACGUUGGUGUGGCUCGGGGAAGAUCCGCUCAACGACGGCUCUCCGGUUGAAGAUAACGAUGCUGUACUUCGCGCAAUCGGCCGUCUGCAAGACAUUCGACAACCUCACGAAAUCAGGACCUUCUUCAGUGGCGCAGAAUCCUGCAUCUGCCUACACCGAGAUGUUACCCAGUGUGUAUGUGGUGGUCCGCUGCCAGACCUCGUGGGGGACAUGAAAGAAGCUUCAGUGAGGUGGCGUUCUAUCCUAGCGACCAUGCCUGAUCUAGUACAAUACACCGAGACUUUGCUUGAGACGUUCGAUUCGUUCUUUGGGGGUCGCUACUGGACUCGGCGGUGGAUUGUGCAGGAGUAUACAUCGAAACCGAAAACACUCUUUUGGGGGUGUCAUCAGCAACCUGCGUUGACUGUUUCCGACCUGGACCGCUUAAGCAUGAUGGCUGGCAACUCAGAGGGCCGCGGCUUCGAACACAUUGAUCGUGUCGCAUUCCUGACCGCUGUGGCUGACCGAGAACCCGGGAACAAUUUGGUCAUGCACCUUCACGCAUUUCGUAGCAUGCAAUGUUCGCACGAUCACGACAUUCUCUUCUCUCUCCUCAGCCUGUCAAACCCAUUCGAGCUUGCUGUGGACUACAAUCGCACAAUCGGCGAGCUGUAUCGCGAAUUCUCGUUGCGUGCCGUAGCAGACGGUUACUGGAUCUUUAUUCUUGGGAACAGUGGUCUCAGUGCAUCGCGAAGAGCGAUAGAUGGGAGCGGUGGUCCAGGAAGUGGCAAUUCACUACCUCAAGCAUCAAAUCUGGAUUUACCCACUUGGGUAGCUGAUCUGAAGGACAUAGAAUUUGCUGAUUACGCUCGUGGUCCUUCUAACUGGAUCACCGAUCCACAAUUUAUCGAAGACAGAUUGACUCUCCACGUUUUUUUCGUGGCUGUGAUUACCCACCGCGCCCAUAUGCAGGGUCAGAAUGAGUGGGACACGGAGGGACCCCCAAAAUGGACAGCCUCGGAGUGGCACACGGAGUGGAACGUAGGCCGGGUAGCCUGCACAGGCAAUCAAGAUAUGCAGCACGGCGAUCAGUCCCUGCUAAGGUCCGUAAUUACAGUAAGCACAAGGGUCAAUGAUUCGUACAGCAGGCUAGAUAUCGAACCUGGCGAUCUUCUGCUACUGCCAGACACCAUUUAUGACGAACGGGCACUUGAACAAGGACUUUUGGUUGUUAGGCCACGAUCGACCUUCGCAAGAGACACUCGCCUAGUGGUUCAAAAUGUUGGUGUUGCAAAGUUUACCUCGGUAUCUAUUAUGGAGGCACAGAAAUACCGAACUGAAGGUGCGAGGAUAGAGCUAGAGAUCAUAUAGUCACGAUCGAAAUGCAAGUGCUGGAGAAACCGCCACCACAUUUCCAUGAAAGUUAUUGUCUCUCCAUUCCUAGACUUCAUGUCCGAAUCGAUAGCUUGCU